UACAAUGUCACUGUCAAAUACAUCAAAUCAUUAAAAAAAACUAUUAAAAAUCUAAUGUAGGAUAAAUACCAUAUCAAAAUUAAGGGUAAGAUGAAAGAAAUUGGGGAAAUUACAGAGAUUAUACUUGAUACUGGUGAUCAAAUUCGGAAUAAAAAAAUUUCUUUUUCAAUUGAUGCACAUGUAAGCAUUGAAGAAAUCUUGCGACUACUUCAACAGGGAUUAGGUAAAUGGAGUGACAAAUCACAAGAAAGGAAAACAUCUGAUAAUGAUAAAGGAACUACAUUCAAAAAAGACAAGUUAUGCUCUUCUAAAACAACUCGGCGCCUUGAAAAACUGGAUAAGAUAGAUCGAUCAGGAUUUCGUUCUAAAUCUGCAGAUAACUACUAUGGGGCUAGAAACAAAAUGCGGCGAUCGCCCAGGAAAAUAGAAAGCAAUGAAAAUCCUCCAGCGUCGCGCCUUUUCUUAAAGUCUCUUACAAACGCUCAAAGCAAAUUACUAAACUUACUAAGGGACCAAGCCGAAGCUGCAGUAAAAUGCAACAAAACGUUCACAGUUUGCGGAAAUUUCUUCACAGUAAGAAAGGCGUUAUGGGCGCGAGGCUGGGUGGAAAAAAUUAGAAUAAUGUACAACACGAUUAAUCGAGAACGUCUUAAAUCACUGCUUGAGGCUCCAAUUGCAGAGCUUCUCGAAGGUGCUUUUGAUAGAAUCGAUGGUCACUUACAUAAACGGGUGAUAUUGUCAAGACUAAUCGAUCAUAAUCAAGUUGAUUUGUUUUGGGAUCAAAACUUUGAAUGUUACCACGUUUGCAAUGACUCCAUCAAGUUAACGCUAUUUAACAGAUUCAAGCGCACCGCAUUCAACUACAUAUCGAAGAUUGGAUUUUCGCAAGCCAUGAAACAGAAGUACUAUUGGGUCCAAAGUCCAGGCACUGCCAACAUUCGUUAUCCCCGAUCCUACGACUUAUCCAAUCAAAGCGAAAUGGAAGAAUUUUUGCGCGAUUAUCGCUUAACUGCCGCUCUAUCUCUUUUGAAACAUGUUUCAAACAAACUUGACCGUAAACGAUCAUCCCAAGUCGUUUCAGAAAAUGGACAAGAGCCUAUGAAGAUGUACAAUUUCGCCGUUAAAGAAAUUACAAAUGCGAUACGGCGUUUACAACACGAUGACAUCGAUUAUGUCAUAGACGAAGCAACGCACCUAGAAUGGAAUGACUUUUUAGAAACUUUUCAUAGAAUUUCACAUAUUGGGCUCCCAUUUAAAUUGGACCACGCCGAUUCGGUAAAGUUCAUGGUGGAGACUUCCACGCGAUUGUUGGAAGAAAUGAAACAGUUUAGACCAAAUCUAGAAACGGAUGGAACGCUUAAUGUUUGGAUUCUAAAGCCUUCUAAUGGUUCUAGAGGAGAAGGAAUAUAUCUGUGUAGAACGCUACAAUAUAUCAUGAAGACGAUUAGAAUUAAUUCAUCAAAGAAGUAUAUCAUCCAAAAAUAUGUUGAAAAGCCUCUGUUAAUACACAAGACAAAGUUUGAUAUAAGGCAGUGGUUUCUAGUGAGCACCACAACUCGUCUAACAAUCUGGAUAUAUAAAGACUGUUACUUAAGAUUUAGCUCACAGAAUUAUACGCUUAACAGACUUAACGAGGCAAUCCACUUGACGAACAACUCGGUCCAAAGCAAGUACAGAAACUGCGAUCGUCAUCAGGAAUUGCCAACGUGCAAUAUGUGGGAUUCGGCACGAUUUCAGGAGUAUUUGGCAAGCAUUGGUAAACCAAACGCUUACAAAGAAAUCAUUUAUCAAGGGAUGAAACAAGCGAUUACCGCCGCCGUAUUGAUGAAUGAGACCUGCGACGUGAGAAAGAGGUGUUUCGAGAUAUAUGGGGCUGACUUUAUACUUACCGAAGAUUUCGCACCAUGGUUAAUCGAAAUUAACAACAAACCUGCGUUACAUGCCUCAACUCCGAUUACUGCCAGAAUGUGUCCGCAAUUACUGAGGGAUGUAAUUAAAGUAGCCGUCGAUUAUCCCCAGAACCCAGAUGCAUCGACUGGACAAUUUGAGCUCAUAUACCAAGAUGAAAAGAUAACAUUACCGUCUCUUGACGCUUCGAAUCUGCAACUUCAAGGGCAGCAGCUACCUAUCAGUUACUUUUAUGAGCCGCACGAAUCAGAGAGCCAUCUACCACUUUGCAGAUCCUGUGAACUAGAUCACGAUGAACUAAAGGAAGCUGUGGGUAAAAUCAGGCAAACGCUACAAAAUUUGUUAGCUGUGAUGCCACGUGAUGAUAAUAAAAACUCAGAACACGAAAUAGGAGAUGGAGCAGAAACUGAAAACAGCACAAAUGAAAUUGGGGAUGAUAGAUUGAGAUGUUUAGAUACUACGGAAAUCUUGAAAGACACUAUGAAAUCAAUACAAGACCUUACAAAGGCUUAUAAUCGAUAUACAGAAUUAUGUACACAAUAAAUGGUAACCGCAUUGUAUAACAAUUAAA